CGACGAUGAGCUCAAAAGACCCCCUUCUUGCGCUUCGGAAUACCAUAAAAACACGGUACAAACCCGCCCCCGUCGACGCCCAAAACACACCAUCCCCCACCCUCGCAGCAGCCACACACAUCCGCCUCUCCGACACGCUCUCCCUCCCCAAGUCCACCCCGACGCGUCUACGUCGACCGGGAAGCACAGACACCGAUCCAGAAUCAAGUCCUUCCAGCUUUGUGUCUUUGGAGGCUGUCUACUUGGCAUGGACUCUGCGGGAUGCGGGAAGCGCGGAGUAUAUGAAGCAGGCGAGGGACAGUGGGUUGGCGGUCGGAUUCAUCAGUGUGACGGAGAGGAAGGGUGUGGUUGAGUGGUUGGAGGGAAAGUCGAGUGAUUUGGAGAGUAUUGUACCUUUGGGUGGCGGAACGUCUACACCGCCGGGCUCGCCACCACAAACGGCAUACUAUCGUACACUGCCGAACUAUAGCGCGCCUUCAUCAUCAAGUAACCAGGUGCUAGCCUCGGACUCUUCAAAUGUCAUCUCGUCGUCUCCAACCAAGAGGAAAUACAUCCCCGACUCGCAGGAUCUAGACAUAGUCAAGAAGAUUAGGCAGAAUGAGGUAGAGCUGAGGGAUCGAACGACUGUCCUAAGGGGUAUCAAAGCGAAUAACUUUGCAUCCAUCCGCAAUGUCUACUCCGCCAAACUGAAGAGCCUCAAGGAGUCUCAAAAACCGGGCAAGGCACCCGCACCCGCCCCCACCACCUCACCAGACCCGAAGUUACUUGCACGAAAAGCCAAGACAUACUACCCAAUCAUUAUGAUAUCGUCUUCACCAACCGCACUCAUCACUAUGCACAACGUCAAGCGCUUCCUCGAAGAAUCUAUCUUCGAACCCUCCACCGCCGCCCGAGCCCGCGCCACCUCCGAAGGCAACCCCCGCCCCGAAGACCUCAUCCCCAUCUACCGCAAGCGCACCACGAUCGACACCUCCGGGCGCGAAACGACCACCUCCCAAACGUACUACGUCAUCGAUUCCGCGGAGGUGUUGGGCAAGUUCGGAGCGGACGCGUGGGAUAGAGUCGUUUGUGUGAUGACGACGGGGCAGGCGUGGCAGUUCAGGCCGUAUAAGUGGAAGGAACCGUUGAGUCUGUUUCAUCAUGUUAAGGGUGUGUAUGUAUCGUGGUCGAACGACCCGCCGAACCCGAAGAUCAAGGAUUGGAACGUCACAGAGCUCAAGAUCGACCCGCACAGGAGACACGUCGACAAAUCGACGGUAGCCCAUUUCUGGAAGAUGCUCGAUACGUGGACGAUGCACAAUAAGCCGUCGUUGAUGAAAUCGUAGGUGUCCGCGGGGGUACUGUCAAUGGAAUGGAGGGAGUAUGUGGGGCGGGUAGGGAUGACAGAGGGCGAGCUUUAGCGAUGACAGAGGACGAACUUUAGCGAUGACAGGGGACGAGCUUGUGGCUGGGUGGUCGCGGUUCGUCUUUCUCAUGGUUCGGUGUUUCUAGUGUUGUUAUACAUAUGCGACCAUGCUGCUGUGAUGAUUGGCGCUCUGGUCAUUAUGGGUGUGUGGAGUAGGCGGAUGACAGGGGUCGAAAUAUCGUGGAGACAUCGAUGGGAUGAAAGAGAGAUGAACUGUUCAUUCCGAUGCUGAUUCUGUCGUCGUGCUCGAUGGGUAUUUGGUAUGUUUCCUUUGCUAUCCUUCCUGCUUGUUGCUUUCGAUGUAGUUUGAAGUCAUGAUACGGUAACUCCG